AUGACCAUCAGAUCCAAAUCUCAGAUCACCUUGCAAGUUCCUGCUAAAGUCAAUCCCCAGAUCCGGGUUGGUCCGCUUCGAAAAGAUGGUUAUCAUGAUAUAACACUGGCCUACCAGGCUAUUUCGAUCUACGACAUUCUGACCAUUUCCCAUGAACCCAAUGGCCCCACCAUACAGGUCACCGGCAUGGAUAGCGACCGAGUCCCAGGCGAUGGUCAAAAUCUAGUGAUCAAAGCAGCCAAUAUGGUUGCAGCUGAAGCCAAGAUCGAGCCACUAGUACAUUUUGAGCUCGUCAAAUCAAUUCCCUCGGAGGCGGGUCUUGGAGGUGGCAGUGCAGAUGCUGCAGCUGCUCUCGUGGGGUGCAAUAUCCUAUGGAACUUGAAUAUUAGCGCAACAGACCUAAUGCAUAUUGGUGCGCAGCUUGGUGAAGAUGUGCCUUUCUUCAUCAAUGGUAUGAUGGCGUUAGGAAUGGGGCACCGACAACCCCUAGUGGCCCUAGAGACGAAAGAAUUUACCUGGCAUUGGGUAUUAGGUAUUCCCUAUCGCGGCCUGUCGACGAAGGCUGUUUUUGCGCAAUAUGACGAAAUAUUGGCUCAGUCAGGCAAUCCAGAGGAGGAAUAUCUUUCGCGACGACAAGGCUGCAUUAAAACUGCAUGGGGAACAACUGAACCUGAAAAGCUCUUAUCAGAGCUGGUCAACGAUCUUGAACGGCCGUCUUCUGAGCUCCUCCCUGAUAUCACCACUGCUCUACGAGCGGGCAAGACCGCAGGUGCUAUUCGGAGCCUAAUGAGUGGCUCCGGAUCAACUUGUGCCUUUCUAGCAAAGGAUGAAGCCCAUGCAAAGUCUUUGAUGAUAGAGUUACAAAAGCUAGAUAUUUUUAGGGAUGUCAGAAUGGCUAGUGGUCCAGUUGAGGGCGUCAAGGUCAUCGACUCUAGCCCAUAG